UUUUUAAUUUUUUUAAUAAAAAAAUUUUUAGUUUUCAAAUGAACUUUAUUUGGGUUGAAAGGCUUCAUCGGCUAUUUAUUUUUUGUUUUCUUUUAAAUUCUCAUUUCCGCCUUGUUUUGUCCGGAAGAGAUUUUUAUUCGAUUCUUCGAGUUAAACGUGAUGCAGAACCAGAUGAAAUUAAAUCUUCCUUUAAAAAAUUAGCUUUAAAACUUCAUCCAGAUAAAAAUCAAGAUGAUCCUGCCGCGCAAGAAAAAUUUCAAGAUUUGAGAGAAGCUUAUGAGGUUUUGGGUGACCAAAAGAAACGUGAUAUUUAUGAUAAACACGGUGAAGAAGGAGUUAAGAAAAUGGACGAUGGAAGUGGUGGUUUUGGUGGACAUGAUCCAUUCUCUUCGUUCUUUGGAGAUUUCUUUGGUCACGGAAGCCAUGAACAUGAUGAAGAAACGCCCCGUGGAGCAGAUGUUAUUUUCGAUUUGUAUGUUACACUUGAAGAGGUCUAUAAAGGAAAAUUUGUGGAAGUAAAGAGGAAAAAAUCUGUUUAUAAACAAACAAGCGGCACAAGGGAAUGCAAUUGUCGUCAUGAAAUGCGUACACAACAAUUAGGAGCUGGUCGCUUUCAAAUGUUUCAAGUCCGAGUCUGUGAUCAAUGCCCCAAUGUGAAACUUGAAAGACAAAAUAAAAUUUUAGAGGUGGAGGUAGAAGUAGGUGUAGAUAAUGGACAAGAAGUUCGUUUUAUUGGAGAAGGUGAACCUCAUAUAGAAGGUGACCCUGGCGAUUUAGUUGUAAAAUUGCGUGUUCAGCCUCAUGCUCGAUUUGAACGUAAAGGGAUGGAUUUAUAUACAAAUGUAACAGUUUCUUUACAACAGGCAUUGUCUGGAUUUGAGCUUGAUAUUGUACAUUUGGAUGGUCAUAAAGUACAUAUUACUCGAGAUAAAAUAACAUGGCCAGGUGCCCGUAUUCGUAAAAAGGAUGAAGGAAUGCCCUCUUUAACAAAUAAUAAACAAAGAGGAAUUCUUUAUGUUACUUUUGAUGUAGAAUUCCCUAGAGGAGAGUUUAGUGCUGAACAGAAAAAACAAUUGGCUGAAUUACUCGCUCAAGAUAAGUUUGAACCUAAAGUUUAUAAUGGACUACAAGGGUAUUAA